AUGCUCUUGACGCUAACAGCUCGGUAUGGCGACGAAGCUGUGGCCAACAUGAUCGCAGCAGCACAGCAGAAGGGGACACCCGAGGCGAAGAGAAUUGCUGGUGUACUGGCGGGCGAGGAUUUGUUGACGUGGCGAACCAAGGGACAAUCUGCGGAUGACGUCUUCAAGCUGCUAAAGCUGGACGAAGCACAAGGCACACUACUGGAGAAAGCGGCGUUGCAGACGUGGGAGAUCCUUGUCACCAAACUGAGAGCGCGCUAUGGAGACGGCGGCUUGGCCCAGAUACUUGUUCCUGCAGUGCGCGUCCAGGAUACAAAGGUGUUGGCUGAAAGGUUGGACGACGUGCUGCUUAAGUUCUGGCAGCAGGAAAAACACUCAGCUGACGACGUGUUCAAGCUCCUCAAGCUCGAAAAGCUCGAGGGCAACGCGUUUUCCACCCCGGAGUUCGCCGCUUGGAGAGCCCGCUACGGCGACGAAGGUUUGCAAGACAUGAUGAGCAACGCGAAGGAAAGUGCCAGCGCCAUCCAAGCGCGAAUGAAGGAGAUCAGCACGAAAGAAGGACGAGCACCCGAUGACGUUGCAAAGUUUGCACUACUAGAGCGUGAUCUGGAAGGGACGAAUAUUGUUUUAGCGCGCUUGAUGGAGGAGAUCUGGAGGAACGAGGGGAAAACCAGCGACGACAUUCUCAAAGUGCUGAAGCUUAGUACGGAUCGGAAAAACGCGUACAUGUUCGAUAUGUUCCGCAAUCCAGAGCUGAGCACGUGGGCUUCUUACGUUACAAAACUGCACAACAUCGACAAGGAGAAUCCGGAUGUGAUCUCGAUAUCGGUAAACCGCUUUGGCGUGCUGGGGCCGGCUGACGCCCUUAGCUCUGUAAGGACCUCAGCUGCAAGGUCGCUGCAGAAGUUGCAGUUUGAAAAGUGGUUAUCGCAAGGGAUUCGUCCGGAUACAAUAGCCGCCAAGAUGAGAGCGUUUGUCCCUAGUAACGACAGGGCCCAAGUAGCGUACCGCAGAUUUUACGAGGCCCAGGUUCCGCGUGGUUGA